AUGCAUCGAUACCCGACUGCGCCCUUGAUACGAUUCCAAGAGCUUGGGAUUUACAACUAUCUCGUCCUGGCAGACGAGGAAGCUUUGCGAGAUGUCUUGGUGAAGAGCUCCUAUGAUUUUGAGAAACCAAAGGAAGUUCGAGCCGCAAUCGCAGGCAUGGUCGGACACGGUUUGGUCACAUCGGAAGGGUCAGACCAUCGAGCACUACGCCUCGCCAUCGGCUCUGGGUUCAAUAUCCAUAGUGCGCGGAUGUUUUAUUCAGUUAUUUGGCAGGAGGCCCGUGAUUUCCUAGCUCGAUUACAGCAGGACGUUACGACAGGAUCUUCACAUGAUGCAGAAGUUGCUGGAGGGAUUGAUGUUAACAACGUCUUCCGUAAACUGUUCAUCAACAUCAUCGGAAUAAGGCUUGUGGGGGACCAUUGGCGUGGAGUGUCGGACGGACCAAAGAAGGUUGGCGAUGCGUUUGACAAGAUCCUGGAACCUAGUUUAGGAAAUAUUUUCUCCUUUGCGAUGUACCUGGCCUUUCCACGCUGGGUUAGUAGGAUUGUCUCCUGGAGCAAUAAGACAACGAGAAGAGCCGCAAAAGAUGAACUGCAUGCAUUAUUUCUGAGCCUCGUGCUACUGCAGCAACAAGACAAUGCACAGAAGGAAAGAAAACCAUCACAGCCUAGCCUUAUCUAUUCAAUGACGCAGCGACACUCAUAUACAGCGGACAGUAUCACAGAGCAAAUCAUGCAAGAUUUUACUAGUUUCGAACUCUUAGCUUUCACACUGUCCUGGUGCUGCUAUGAGCUAGGUUACAACCCGUCGUUUCAAGCUCAUCUUCGCCGUGAGGUUAAAGAUGCUCUUUCUACAUACAGAGAGGGAUCAUGGACCACUAUGGAGUCUCUCCCAUUGCUAAACGCAUUCUGUUUGGAAGUGCUCCGUCUUCACCCCAUCGCACCUGUGACUGCUCGACAAGCUAUCCGCGAUACAACAAUUGCAGACGUAAAAGUUCCCCGCGGUACUGGAAUAAUUCUCUGCCCCUAUGCCAUGGCUCGGUGCCGCCAUAUAUGGGGUCCUCGAAGCAACGAGUUUUACCCGGAACGGUGGAUUGUGCUCGAUGAACAUGGACAGAAAAAGAUCGACCCCACAGGUGGCACCUCUUCGAAGCAUGCUUCCCAUCCAUUCCUUUUCGGUCGACGUGAAUGUCUUGGAAAGGAGCUUGUAAUGGCUCAAAUGCGAUGCGUCGUCGCUGCGGUUACCGAGCAGUUUUCCAUCGAGCUGCAAGGCCCUCCUGGAGAUAAUCCUGUAGGUGGAAUGAUAACAAUUAGGCUGCUCAAUGGGAUGCAUGUACGGCUGAAAAAGAUAAAUUAG